AUGGAGCUUUACGUAAGAUUUAACGAAGAUGUGGAAAGAGAUUUCGCUUUUCAGGUCGAGGCUGAAGAUACAAUCGAGACAAAGAUUAAUCGCGCCUUCCGCGAAGGGGAAGAAGGGCUUGCUGAUUUGAUUGUAUUGAGGCCAUCGAUCUUUUACGAGAAGCAGCCUAUUGGAUACUUCAAGUCGAUGCAUCCGGGUUAUUUCACGGAGGGAGGAUGCUUAAUAUUUGACUAUGACUCUGAUUUGAAGCAGUUCAAGCAGAGGUUGGACUAUGAAAAACCAUUGAUAGACCAGUUAUGGCCGGGACAGCUUGUCUUACCUCAAUGGAAAAAAUGUAGAAAGAACAUUGCGAUUUAUACCUUAAUCAUGUUAUUGUGGUUAUAUACAGAUUUACCGGAUGUUGUAUCCCCAACACCCGGUAACUGCUUCACGAACCAACUUUCACGUUUGGCCAUCCCGUUAUUUGACCGUUUCGACUUGCCACAUAUUGCUGAUAAACUAAGGGAGGAGACAAGUAUUAAUUUUUCAAGUGUUCUUGCCCAAUGGGCAUUCUUUGGGUUACAUAUACUAAAGAUUGGUCUGAUUACGUUGUUUGUUGUUACUGGUAUGGCUAAUCCAAUUUCUUUCAACCCAAUCAAGUUGUGGAAAAUCAGAAACGUUGAGUUGACAGAUCCAAGUUUGAAAAAGAAAUUACGUGCUUUGGGUUGGAUCGGCUCAAGAAGAGCAACGUAUGACGAUUAUCAGCAGAAUUUUUACUCUUACAUCAUGAAAAAGUUUGGUUCGCCAACAAAGGCCUAUAAAGCCGGUAUGCUGAGAGUAGCAGCUGCACCAGGUCUUCGUUUGCGCGAAGGUGAAGGCUUUCAAACUCCACUUCAAGAGAGAUUCAGCGGCUCAACCGUCAAGAAGAUGGAAGAAGAAGGUAAAUUCAUUUUGAGUGAGGAAUACUUUGUUCAGCUAGAAAAGGACUUGAAAGAGAAUCUUGAUAAAUGUAAAGGCGACAUUGGUGAAAUGAACAAUGAAAUCAGAAGAUUCAGAAGAUGCGGUCUUUACGAACCAGGUGAAACCUUGCAAAAGCUUGUUAAAUUGCGGAAAGAGGCAGCCGCCAAGGAGAAAGAGCAAGAGCAAGAGACUUCUAAAGAAACCAAGAAGGAGAAAUAG